AUGUACACAGGAAACCACAAGACUAAUGUGACUGUUAUCGAUUUGAGUCACAAUCUUUUGAGCGAGUUUAAUAUGGAACGCUUAAUUAAAGGUGGCAUUAAACGUUCUUUUCGAAUAAACUUAACGAACAAUUCCAUCAAAAGAAUAUUCGGUUCAUUAAAUAUGCCAAUUAUAACUGGCGAUUUUGUGAGCGAAAUCAAAAUAUCUGGCAAUCCCAUCGUGUGCGAUUGGAAAUUCGUUUGGAUUUAUAAUGCUAAUUCUCGUGUAAUUUUUACUGAUUUACAAUGUAAAAAGACGUCAAACGAAUUAUUGACGGAUGUCGCACAUAUGCGACGCGAUGAGUUGUGCGAUUGGCAACCGAUAUUCUGUCCCACAAACUGCGACUGUUACACACAAUCCGAUUGGCUGACGAUCAAUUGUAAUGGUAGACAACUCGACGCUAUCGAACAGCUGCCACGCCCCGAACAAGUUGAUCGCACGAGUUCAAUACUCGAUAUUAGCGUUAAUCAGCUGACCGUUUUGCCCGCGAACACCAUCUUCGGCUAUGCCAACGUUACGCAACUCAACGCCUCGUACAAUAGAAUCACAAAUGUCAGUCUCUUCCAAUUGCCGGCCAAAUUAACGGUUUUAGAUCUACGUAGUAAUCGCCUAAAAACUUUAAGCGCUGACUUGUUACGCGGACUUCUCAAUGACAGUGACAAACUACAGUCUUUGUAUCUGAGUGGAAAUGAUUGGAUGUGUGAUUGUGCUGCGCAACAUUUGUUGUACACCAUACGCGCUCAAAGGUUACGGAUACCCGAUGCUGAGCUGCUAGACUGCCAUAAUCUAAAGAAUGUUACAGUGCUCACAGCAAAUGUGGACGGCUUGUGUCAAGCUGUUGAAGGUUCGCCGUAUUUGACCGCAAGUAUCAUAACCACAGCAUUAGUCAUUAUUAUUUCACUUCUGCUUAUCGCACUAUUUUAUAAAUAUAAUUUGGAAGUGAAAGUCUGGUUACAUGCUCACAAUAUAUUGACUUGUUGUAUAAAAGAAUCCGAAUUGGAUAAAAAUAAAAAAUUCGAUGCUUUCAUAUCAUAUGCUCAUCAAGAUGCUGACUUCGUCAACCAUACGCUACUGCCGCGCCUUGAAGAGUGCGAAGAUCCACCAUUUCUUAUAUGCACACACGAGCGUAAUUGGCUGCCGGGAGCCUAUAUACCGGAACAGAUUAUCGAAUCGAUCGAUCAGUCGCGUCGUACGAUCAUAGUGCUGUCGCAGCACUUCAUCGAAUCGGAUUGGGCGCGCAUGGAGUUUCGCACAGCACAUCAGAGCUCGUUAAAUGAGGGCCGUACGCGCAUAAUUCUUGUGAAAUACGGUGAAAUUACGAACAACGAGUUAGUGGAUAAGGAAUUGAGGGCAUAUAUGCAGAUGAACACAUACUUAGAUUGGGAAGAUCCCAGAUUCUGGGAUAAAUUACGCUAUGCCAUGCCACAUAAAGCGGCGGAUAGAGAACGGAAUACCGAUAUGCUGGAAGCCAAUGGACGAAUGUAUGUUAUGGGACAAGUUGAGUUGAAUAGUUUGCGUGCUUAAAUAGAACAAAUUAGAGGAGAAACGUGGUCGAAUAGUGGACGCAUGCUGUUGUGAUCACACUAACUAUAAGCAAUGCAAUUUUAUUCAGUAAUUUACACGUAUAUGUAUAAGCAAUUCUAUUGUACAUUUAAUGAAAAUAUUUAUAUAUAGAAUUUCAAUAAAUAAAGGGUGAUUUUUUAAGAGCUUGAUAACUUUUUAAAAAAAAAAAACGCAUAAAAUUUGCAAAAUCUCAUCGGUUCUUUAUUUGAAACGUUAGAUUGGUUCAUGACAUUUACUUUUUGAAGAUAAUUUCAUUUAAAUGUUGACCGCGGCUGCGUCUUAGGUGGUCCAUUCGGAAAGUCCAAUUUUGGGCAACUUUUUCGAGCAUUUCGGCCGGAAUAGCCCGAAUUUCUUCGGAAAUGUUGUCUUCCAAAGCUGGAAUAGUUGCUGGCUUAUUUCUGUAGACUUUAGA